AUGUAUGAAGAGCAUAGGAAACAAAUUGGGGGGCAGCAGCCCGCCAUGGGCGUCGAUGUUGCAAAACGGGCGCGUUCUCAAGACUCUUGCGGCAGCCUAGCACAGGCAGAACCUGCCAAGAAACUCAAACUAGAGGCAGACGCGAAGAAUCAGAAGGGGACAGAGGAUCUUAAAGAGGUACAAUCUGAUGAGGGUAGUGUAGAUAGUGGAGGUAAGGAGGAGGGAAAGCUUGAGAAUGGACAGAAAGAGGAAAAGGAGGGACCCGAGAGGUUUAGGGAGGAGGACGAGGACGAGGAGGUUUUACAGGCGAAGCAAGAAGGUGUUAAUGAUGAUUCUAAAGCUUCGUUUGGCACAAGUCAUGUAUUUGGAUCCGGGGGUAGGUUAAAGGUGAAGCCUUUUGGUUCCUCAAUGGCGUUUGGUAGCGUGUUUGGAGAAUCCAAGAGGAGCGCAGAAGGCAAGAAGCUCCCCGAAGCGGAUAACAAUAGAAGCGAUGAUAACAGUGGCAAAAGCGAGAGCGCUAGCAGCAGCGGUACUAGCAACAGCAGUGGUAGUAGUAGUGGUGGUGGUGGUGCUGAUGGUGAGGGCGAUAUGAAGGAAGCGGAUGGUGCUAAACCGUUUUCGUUUGGAUCGGGACUUGCUUUUGGAAGUGGAUUCAAAGUGCUGAAGACGGACAACAAGUCUAGCGGUACGAUAUUUAGUAAAACUGCUCGUGAAAACAGCGACACGAACGAGCUCAGUAGCAAGCAAGCAACAGCAGAAGUAGAGACAGGUGAGCCCGUAGAGGACGCCGAUGGCAUAGUGCGGCUGACAAAGCAAGUUAUAGAGUCUGGCGAAGAGGCUGAAGACUCUGUUUACCAAGCGAAUGCCAAACUCUACCAACUGUGCAAUAUGAGGGAAGGCUGGAAGGAACGUGGUGUCGGCGCAAUCCACGUGAAUAAGAAUAGAAUAACAGCGAAGGCUCGCAUUGUAAUGAGGUCACGCGGCCUCUUGAAGGUAAUCUUAAAUCUUCCCCUUUUAAAGGGUUUCACCGUCCAAAAGGGGUUUCCGGGCUCUCUACAGAGUGAAAAGUUCAUUAGGAUCUUGACGAUCGGCGAGGCGAAUGAACCCGUUCAGUACGCAUUAAAAACCGCAAAAGGGGAGAUCGCGGAGGAGCUAUUCAAAAUGAUCGAAGACCUCAUCCCAGAAGACUAG